UCCAGAGGGAAAAACAAACAGAAUCAAUGAACAUGUAGGGCCACAAGCUGGUGUAAAGGUUAAGAAGCCUACGUGCCUAGAGGUGAAAAGUGCAGGGAGAUGGAGGUAUAAAAGAGAGAUCCAAUCUCUCUCUGUGUGUCCCAACCCUUGGGUCUGCCACUGUGUUCUACAUGUCUCUGGGCCAUUGAGAUCAGCACAAUGAAGAUCCUGGUCUUGGUGUUGGUUUGUCUACACCUCUCGGAGGGUGUGGAAAGAAUCAUUCUGAAGAAAGGCAAGUCCAUCCGCCAGGUGAUGGAAGAGCGGGGUGUACUACAGACUUUCCUGAAGAACCACCCAAAGGUUGAUCCAGCUGCCAAGUAUCUUUUCAAUAAUGAUGCUGUUGCUUAUGAGCCCUUCACCAACUACCUGGAUAAUUACUACUUUGGAGAGAUCAGCAUUGGGACACCACCACAAAAUUUCCUGAUCCUUUUUGACACGGGUUCAUCCAACCUGUGGGUGCCCUCCACCUACUGCAAGAGCCAGGCCUGUUCCAAUCACAACAAGUUCAACCCCAGAACGUCUUCCACCUUCAGAAAUAGUGAGCAAACCUAUACACUGCCCUAUGGUUUUGGAAGCCUGACUGUGCUCCUGGGAUAUGACACUGUGACUGUCCAGAACAUCGUCAUCCACAACCAGGUGUUUGGCAUGAGUGAGAAUGAGCCCAACUACCCCUUCUACUAUUCAUACUUUGAUGGUAUCCUGGGAAUGGCCUACCCCAACCUGGCGGUGCAGAAUGGCCCAACCGUCCUACAGAGCAUGAUGCAGCAGGGCCAGCUCACCAGACCCAUCUUCAGCUUCUACUUCUCUCGCCAACCAACCUAUGAGUAUGGUGGAGAACUCAUCCUGGGAGGUGUGGACACCCAAUUUUAUUCUGGUGAGAUCGUCUGGACUCCUGUCACCCGGGAACUGUACUGGCAGAUUGCCAUCGAUGAGUUUCUCAUCGGUAACCAGUCCACCGGCUUCUGCUCCCAGGGAUGCCAGGGCAUUGUGGAUACGGGGACCUUCCCACUGACUGUUCCCCAGCAGUACUUGGACUCCUUUGUGAAGGCAACAGGAGCCCAGCAAGAUCAGAACGGCGAUUUUGUGGUCAACUGCAACUCCAUACAGAGCAUGCCCACCAUCACCUUCAUCAUCAGCGGGUCUCCUUUACCUCUGCCUCCCUCUACCUAUGUCCUCAACAACAAUGGCUACUGCACGCUCGGCAUUGAAGUCACUUACCUGCCCUCCCCCAAUGGGCAGCCCCUGUGGAUUCUGGGAGAUGUCUUCCUCAGGGAAUAUUACACUGUCUACGACAUGGCCGUCAACAGGGUGGGCUUUGCCCUCUCUGCCUAGACUAGUAAGAGGAAGCUGUCUCCACCCUCCCUGCAGGACUCUGGGGAUUGCCCUUCUCUCUCAGCCGACAGCAGCAUUUUAGGCUAGUCUGACCGUUUUGUGCAAUAAUAGAGUCUUACUUGCAGCAAAUAAUAAAUUAAUA